AUGAUUCCUAUGAGCCCACAUUCCAAUUGUGAUAGUUCCUCAAUCGCCAGCAGUCGCCUAACAGCGGGUCAAAAUGCUUGGGCUAAUAUUUUCGUCGAACGAAUUUAUCAGUUGUGUGGUACAGUACACCCUGGUAUGGCAAUUGACCAUGAUGCUGUGCUGCACAUCAAGGAUCUCAUCACCCAGAUUGUCAACGAAAUCUUGGACCAGAAAUCAGUUAGUGUUGUGGAUAUGGAUAAGGCGGCUCGCAGACUUUUCCCGGUAUCAUGUCACUGGAUUACAAGGGAUGCUUGGGAUGCUAUGUACAACCAUACUGCAAGUAGUCGGAAAUUCCAUCCGGGAAGGUUUGGAGGUUCUCGAUUGCCGCAUGAUCUACACCACAAGAUGUCUUCCAUCAUAAAGGACAAUCUUGGUCGAGAGAAAGACAAAAAGGAUCGAGAAAAAGAUAAAGAAAUUGAUAAGAUGUCAUACUAUCUUAUUGCGAUAUGCGAAGGGAUUUCAGAGGAUAUUAUGAAAUGGACGGGAAAUUAUGUGAAGAAUAUACGUAACUCCGAUAUGAAGAUCAAUCUACAGAAUUUAAAGAUAGCCCUCAGUGCUGACAAGGCGUUGAUGCAGCUCUCGAACUCGUUGAGAAACGACGAGGAUGAUCAGUCACCAGGUGGCUUCCUGUCGAAUUUCUAUGAAUUUGAUCUGGAUGAAUCUGAUGAUGAGAAAGAGCAAAACACCAGUUAUGAGUCGAUUGCUAGUGAUUUUCUGAAAGAGGAAAGAUUGUACCUGCGAGAGUUGAAUCAGGUCAAUGUGUUUAGACGAAGGUUAGAAUCCGCUCUCCAGGAUGAAGAUAAGAUUUACCUUCGUCUCCUCUUUGGAAAUCUCUCGGAGGUUCACGAGUUGACUAUGAAAAUGGAGCGAACAUUAGAAGAUUCCAUUGAGAUGAGCGACUCUCCAUGUAUUGGAAUGGGUUUGUGGGAAUUAGCCGAAGCGUAUGAAUUUGAUGGCUAUGUGGCUUACAUGAAGCGGGGACGCGACGACGAGCCAGAGCAGCUACUGACACCUGUUAUAACUAAGACAAUUGAAGAGUUACUGGAGAACAAGAGAUACACUUCCUUAUUCGAUAGUGACGAUCGGUCGUACAGCGUAUCCCUAGAUGGACCUACUUUUCGAUUAGCAAUGAAAUAUGUACUCCCAACGCUUCUACAUGCGCCUCUCAUACAUUUCUUCCGUUACAUAGAAUAUGUGAAUAAACUUCUGAGGUAUACACAGAAUGAGGAUGACAGGACCGAAUUACAAAAUUCGAAAUUAUAUCUCACAACAGUUGGCAACCAGCUAGAACAGAUGUUUGACCAUAACGACAUGGCGGUGAUUAAAAAUCGAUCGGAGCUUUUCAAUCGCUACGACUCCAGAAUUUCGCAGCUUAGUCGGAUUCAAGAGAUUCAAAAGAGUAUCGAUGGCUUCGAAGGUAACCCGAUUGGAAAGACGUGCUCUGAACUUAUUAAGCAAGGAGAUUUGCAAAUGGUUCGACCUUCGCUUACCUUCUCACCAGAAAUUAUUAGGAAAGGCAGAUGGAAAACAGAAAGGCAUCUGUUUUUAUUUGAUCAUCUGCUUGUACUUUGUAAGAAACACAAAGCUUACAAAUUCAAAGAGCGCAUAACUGUGAACCUUAUGGAUAUUGUUGACAUAGAAGAUAGUGAAGUUUUGCGACACUCAUUUCGAUUAGAGUCUAGAGAAAAGCCAGACACGACUCGAACUUUCACAAUGAUUUGCAAAACAGCUGAAGAAAAGACAGACUGGAUGUCAGCUUUGGUUACUGUAAAUACGAAGAGCUUGCUUGAUCGUGUUCUCGAUGGGUACGAGAAGGAGGAAGCAAAGCGUAUUCCACUGGUCACCCCAGGACCAGAACAGUACAGGUUUGCAGAACCUGAUUCGGAAGAGAACAUUUCGUUCGAGGAUUACACAUCUAGUAGUGGAAUUCCUGUUGUAAAAAAUGGUACCGUGCUGAAACUUGUCGAGCGAUUGACGUACCAUCAAUACACCGACAACAAAUACGUGCAGACUUUCCUUAUAUCGUAUCGUUCUUUUUGUACACCUAGCGAGUUGCUAGAGAUGCUUAUCGAGAGAUUCAAUGUACCAAUCCCCAAUAAGCUCCUGCAAAAUCAAGAGAUGAGAGGUGGUCCACUUGCUGGUCGCUAUGACACGGUGCAGUCACAUGGCUUGUCUAGUGGUACCAUGUUUUCUGCCUACAAUGAACAAAGUUAUCAACGUUUUCGUAAAGAGUACGAGAGGCCAAUACAAAGGAGAGUGUUGAGCGUUAUGCAUCAAUGGGUUAAAAAUCAUUGGUAUGACUUCGAAAAUGAUCCAACGCUACUGGAAGCAUUGGAACGUUUCCUGCAGAGUUCAUGCGAUCAGAAGUUAACCAAUCAGCACAAGAAGUUCUGCAAGAAUAUCAUUACCCUCAUUGAAAAGAAGCAAAAACAGCAGGAUUCUGAAGGUCACGUGAACACGGCUUUUGAUUUUGAAGAUACAAAUGCAUUUCAACCAAAGAAACCUGAGAUUGUUUGGCAUGCCGCCAAGCAGGGAGAUGUAGCCAAUUAUGACCUUCUCACGUUGCACCCGUUGGAAAUCGGCAGACAGCUCACACUACUUCAUUUUGAUCUAUAUCGAGCUAUAAAACCUAUCGAACUAGUUGGAGCUGCUUGGACGAAACAUGACAAAUAUAGAAGGAGUCCUCAACUGUUGAAACUCACGGAUCAUUCCACAUUGCUCACUUAUUGGGUGUCCAGGUCGAUUGUCGAAACGGAAUCACUAGAAGAGCGAGUAGCAAUGUUUGCUCGAGUCCUAGAGGUGAUGUCAGUGUUUGAGGAGCUGCAUAACUUCACAGGCUUAGUUGCCUUCCAAUCAGCUUUGAAUUCAGCGUGCGUUCACAGACUUUCAUGGUGUUGGGAGCGGCUAGAUCACGAGAAGGUGAAAACCUACGAUCGUUUCACAAAGCUGUGCGAACCGCGGUAUAUAGAAAUGCAGAAGCGGAUUCAGUCCAUCAAUCCUCCCUGCGUGCCAUUUUUUGGACACUAUCUAUCGAACAUUUUUUUCUUCGAAGCCGGUAACAGCACCUUUGUGAAAUCUCCCGGUGGAACGUCAACUGAGGUCCCACGUUCGUUGCAGGAUUCUUACGAUCCUCAGUCUCCUCCAGCGUCCAACAAAAGAGUGUUAGUCCAGUUCCUGAAGUGUCGCCGCAUAUCCGACCUGAUCCGUGAGAUUCAAAUGUACCAGAAUCAACCGUAUGCAUUGCAAGUGGAGAAGAGCAUUCGGGAAACUACACACUACACUUAUUGGUAUGCGACAAUGUUGUCGGCACAUCUGUGUUGCUGUUGUCCUCAGUCACCGCCAGUUACACCGUCAGACGUUAAAGAGUUCUUCGAGUCGAUCAACCCGAAAAGCGAUUUCAACAAUGACGGUGAUGCGCUAGAAACAUAUCUCUACGAGAAAUCACUCAAGGUUCAGCCGAAAGAUGCCGAGAAAAUCCCUGACGUGAAACCGAAACGAUCUCUACACGUGCUGAAAUCGCCAGGAAUCAAACCGCCGAAAACGAAUCACUACUCAGCCAGCCAUCAUCAUGCAGCUACCAGUUACAGCACGCAAUCAUCGACGGCACCAAGCACGCCACGGCCAGACGGAGAAGGACCACGACCUCCACUGUUGACACCUCCUGACGCUGAAGACGCUCACUUCUCCUUGGUUGACAUUACGCCAGGUCAACAUCCUAAAUUCGUUGGUGAUGUGCCAAGACGGGCGCAUAAAAUAGGCCAACUACAACCCCCGCCAUUAGUGCCACGUAGAGCACAAAAAUCCACGACGUCAUCACAACCGUCAGCCUUGUCCUCACCGGCCCCAUCCACUGCGCCACCACUUCAUCCUCGACGGACAAUGCCGAUCAACUCGUCACCGUCAAGUCGAUCUCCGCAAACUCCGGUCAGGAUGUCAGGAGAUCACGCCCCACAAGCUUUUGUGUUUCCGUCCGUGGAAUCGCAAUACUCGCCGCCUCCGCCUGCACUUCCGCCGCGCCUAUCGACCACCAGUUCAGCAUCAACGACACCUGGAACGAUGUCCAGUAACGAACAAUUGCGAGUGGUUUUGGACAGGCCAUCAAGUGAAUCCAAUUCACCUACAGUCUGUUUGUCAGUACCGUUGCCGCCAGCGCUACCCCCUCGACGAGGUACAGCUGCACAACAAACACCGCCUCCUUUGCCACCGAAAAUGCGUACCACUGGCAGUCCGUCAUUACAACGCGCGAGCGUGUCGCCGUCGUCGCCGGACACACCGCCACCGUUGCCGCCGAAAACGUACAAGAUGCGUAAGCAAAACGAAAGUCCGACGACUGUGACAUCGUUACCGCAGUAA